AGGUCUCCAGACCCGGAGAGUGUUGAAACGAAGACGCUCCCAAGAGACAGCUUCUGGGGCUGGCUCCUGACACAGAUCUCACGGGAUGAGCACAGGGCUGGCUGGAUCCCUUCUCCACCAGAGGUGUUUCUAAGGUGCCUUCGUCGUGCCCAGAGAGAUCCUUUGGAAUGGAUUGGGCUGAGUGAGUGUGACUCUUGGUCAGGGCUGCGUGGCCGGCUCCGCGUCUGAACCCAGCUCCCACUGGUCCUGCCUGCGCUUGCCUUUGGAGAUAGUCGGCGGGGUGUCAGCAGACCUCUCUCUCUCCCUCUCCGGCCUCGAGCUCCAGGUGGUGGAGUGGGAUGCCAUGGCCAACUCCUCCGAGAGUGAAGAUGACAGCUUCAUGGCCGUGGACCCCGAGGAAGCCCCGGCGGCGAGAGAAGGGAGCAUGGAGCAGGAGGAGGAGGCCGGGAAGCGGCAGGGGAGGUCCAUGCUGGAGCUGCCGGAGGAGGUGCUGGAGUACAUCCUGUCCUUCCUCUCCCCCUACCAGGAGCACAAGACCGCUGCCCUCGUCUGCAAGCAGUGGUACCGGCUGAUCAAAGGGGUGGCCCACCAGUGUUACCACGGCUUCAUCAAGGCAGUCCAAGAAGGCAACAUUCAGUGGGAGAGUCGCACAUAUCCCUACCCUGGCACCCCCAUCACCCAGCGCUUUUCGCACAGUGCGUGCUACUACGAUGCCAAUCAGUCCAUGUACGUGUUUGGGGGCUGCACACAGAGCAGCUGCAACGCUGCCUUCAAUGACCUGUGGAGGCUGGACCUGAACAGCAAGGAGUGGAUCCGCCCGCUGGCAUCAGGCUCCUACCCGUCGCCCAAGGCCGGGGCCACCCUGGUGGUGUACAAGGACUUGCUGGUGCUCUUUGGGGGCUGGACGCGCCCCAGCCCGUACCCCCUGCACCAGCCCGAGAGGUUCUUUGACGAGAUCCACACGUACUCGCCCUCCAAGAACUGGUGGAACUGUGUCGUGACAACCCACGGCCCCCCGCCCAUGGCUGGCCAUUCCUCCUGCGUCAUCAAGGACAAGAUGAUCGUCUUCGGGGGCUCCCUUGGGUCUCGGCAAAUGAGCAAUGACGUCUGGGUGCUGGACCUGGAGCAGUGGGCCUGGUCCAAGCCAAACAUCUCUGGCCCCGGCCCCCACCCCCGCGGGGGCCAGUCCCAGAUUGUCAUAGAUGAGGAAACCAUUUUGGUCCUGGGGGGCUGCGGUGGUCCCAAUGCGCUGUUCAAAGACGCCUGGCUGCUGCACAUGAGUUCUUCUGAGCCGUGGACGUGGCAGCCGCUGAGAGUGGAGAACGAGGACCAGGGGGCCCCGGAGCUCUGGUGCCAUCCGGCUUGCAGGGUGGGCCAGUGCGUGGUGGUCUUCAGCCAGGCCCCCAGCGGGAGAGCCCCUCUGAGCCCCAGCCUGAACUCCCGUCCCUCUCCCAUCAGCGCCACACCGCCGGCCCUGGCUCCCGAGACCCGGGAGUAUCGUUCCCAGUCUCCAGUCCGGACCACGGAUGAGGCCCCCUGCGUGAACGGCCGCUGGGGAACCCUGAGGCCCCGGGUGCAUCGGCAGACCCCUUCGGGCUCCCGGGAAGGGAGCCUCUCGCCGGCCCAAGAGGAUACUUCCCCCGUGCUGAACGGCAGUGAGGGCUUAUCUCCUGGAACCUCUUUGGAAAGCCCCGUCCAAGCGGACUCUCCCAGCACACCUGCCACUGCCGCAGCCGCCGCAGGAUGUGACCUCAAGAUUGGCAUUUCCCCAGCACCGAGGCGGGGCUCCCUCCCUGACCAGAGGGACCUGAGGCUGGCACCCGCAGACUUGAACUGGGAGCCCAAGCCACCUCCCCUCCUCUCUCAGCUGGACGGCACGGAGAGCAGCAGGACGGUUGGCAGCGGCCUCAGGAACCCUCCAGAACAGACCAACGGUGCCCAUACCCCGCCUCAUGUUGCCAGCGCCUUGGCAGGGGCAGUCUCUCCAGGGGCACUGCGGCGAGGCUUGGAGGCGGUGAGAGUCCUUCCUCCCAAGCCGCCGGGGCCUGCCCUGGCAGUGCUGAGUCCCCCCACCGCCGCCGCCACGGCCUCACCAGGGUCGCCCGGCAGCCAGGGCCCCGGCCCCGUGGAGGCGGCCCCCGCCCCUCGCCCCGGCUCUGCCCAAGGGGACGGGCACUCCCUGCCUCCCAUCGCACGCCGCCUGGGCCACCACCCGCCCCAGUCGCUGAACGUCGGCAAGCCCUUGUACCAGAGCUUGAACUGCAAGCCCAUGCAGAUGUACGUGCUGGACGUCAAGGACACCCGGGAGAAGGGGCGCGUCCAGUGGAAAGUGUUCCACGGCAGCUCUGUGGUCGGGCCGCCCGAGACCAGCCUCCACACGGUGGUGCAGGGCCGGGGCGAGCUGAUCAUCUUUGGCGGCCUCAUGGACAAGAAGCAGAACGUCAAGUACUAUCCCAAAACCAAUGCCUUGUACUUCGUGCGAGCAAAAAGAUGAUGCCGCCAGGAGGGUUCUCUUCCCACCCCCACCCCGCUUCUGCUGACACAGUGUGACACCCCCCACCCACCCUUGGCACUCUGUCGAGCAGGCUGUGAGUCUGGGGCUCCUCCCGUCAAUAAAAGGAUCUAAGCA